AUGGAGUGCACUUCAUCCGCUUCCGCCAAGAACGCUCAGAUCGAUUAUUCAAGUUCCAGUUCUGUUGAUACAACCCAGUCAGCUGUGAAGAAGCACAUGGCCGGAACUUGGUUAUCUGUUGCGAGGCCAUCAUCGGCUAAAGAGCGCGAACAGAAAGAAAAGCCUACAGAAAGUCUCACUCGGACGGAGAUUGAGACGACCCGUAGUUCCAGUGACAAAAAGAUCUAUCGUGGGAAAGCUGGUCGCUUGUGGGAGGAACUUGGGGCCAAAGCAAAGGCACGAGUCCAGGAAUGGAUAGAAGAGCGUGAGGAAUUCGAGAAGGCAAAGAAAGCGAAAGCGGACCUUGCGGAGGCAUUGGCUAUUACGGAGAGUCUGUAUGGGAGCUUGAAAAGCGCCCAGAAAUACGGUACAGUCAUGGGUCCUGCUGUCCGCAAGCGGAGGAGGGAGAAAGCUUUGGAGCAGGCUUUGGAGCACGCGGAGAAAGCUGUAGACGCCAUGAAGAGAAUGAAGACUACAUACAUGCCCAAGCCACCAGUUCCCACUUCAAAGCUGCCUUCGACUCAGUUCACCUUUUCUGAUACCGCUUUAUUGGCCUGGACUCACCCAGUACUUCAUUGCGUUAGCGAUUCGGACAUCGCCAAAUCUCAGGAGCGAAAGAUUGAAGCGUACGAUGAAGUCCUGAGAGAGGUUUACUGCUUCCUCACCAUCGGCGAAUCCGGCUCCGACCCGGAGAUGUCUAGACAAGCGUUUACAAGUAGAAUGCGGAGGUCCGUCGACAAGAUCAUCAAGCGAUACGGUGAUGAGGUUGGCUUACAGCGGCUUACUGAGUUUGGGAGGAAAACUGGUGAAGCGUGGCUCGAGCGUCAGGAUGAGAUACAGAAUCUUGGAAAGGCAGAGAAAGAUUUCCAGAGUGCAGCGAAAAGGGUAGGUAAAAUUCGUCAGGAGCUUGCAACUGGCCAUGCCGAAAGUCAUAUUUCGAAAACGGCGGACACACAGCUUGAAGACAGGAAACGGAAGCUCGAUGAGGUCGGGGAACAGGUUGAGAAGGCCUCCGAGUUGUGCAAGCGGGUGAGGCGGGUGAAGCGGGAAGAGUAG